AUGGAUCUCCCAGUACGAACCCCUUCCUCAGACCAAACCAUGGAGCUAUACGCAACCGGCUUCAAUGCGUGGAACCAACUCACAUUCGACCCUUCGCCAGCCGACGAAGAGCCUGACGAUGUAUUCACUUUCACAAAAGUAUUGGCAGCCGAGUCGAUUGGAAGAAUUGCUUCAGAACUGAGCUACACUGUGGCUCAACAAGAUACAACUUGGGCCAUCGCUGGAUCAUCCCCUGGCCAGCUUCUUCACCGUGAGGAUAGCCAAGGACUUCUAUUCAACUCUCCAAGUGCUGUUUCAGGGGAUGGAAAGGUCUUAGCUGCUCAGGACUCGGACUGUUCAUCCUUAAAUCACGCCACUGUUCAGUAUUCGUCUUUGGCAGCAUGGAAAGCCAACAAGAGUACCGGUUCCUGGUCUUGCAAAUCUGCUGUCCGCCAGAUAAAAGCUUACGACGCCGGCUUCAUUAUUCUUCUUGAGGAUGGGACCGUCCUAAGCUGCGGUGACCCACGAUUCCGAGACUGCCUCGGCCGUGAAGUGGACGAGUCCUCCCCUGCCAACGAACCUGGAGUGAUACAAGAUCUGAGUGAUCUCGGCGAGCCUAUCAAGAAGAUUGCAGCAGCGGGAUACACAGCUGCAGCUUUGACAGAGAGUGGCGGACUGUAUCUCUGGGGUAUGGCAGCCCCUGGCUCACACAGCCGACACAACGUAUUUCAAGAUAUCACCGAGUUACCGAACUACUUCGAGGUUGAUGGAGACAAAGACGUGCAGGAUAUCGGACUCGGAGAAUCACAUGCCAUUGCUCUUACGACUGAUGGUUACAUCUACAUAAUAGGGAGUAACACAAAUGGCCAAAUUGGUCUUGGGAAAGAUGCUCAAGAUCCAAUUUUAUCAUGGAUCAAGAUCGAUUUCACGCCCCCUGAGGGUUGGGCAAUUGUUGCCGUUGAGGCUGGCCCCAGAUCAUCAUUCAUAGUCACAGAAAAGGUAAAGCAAUCUCAAAGCUCAUAA